ACAAGCAAAUCCAUUUGCCACAUGAUGGUUUAGGUGGAUGUUUUCAGUCUCUAUCAAAAUGGUACAAAACAUCAGGAUAGGGUCUCUACAACAAUGUACUUCUUCCUUCUUCCCCUCCUCCGACUGCCUUUGGCAUCCCUGGGGAUUGAACUCAAGCCUUGAGCAUGCUGGAAGUGUGCUCUACCAUUAAACCGUAGCCCCAUUCCUGCAGGCAUUCUCUUCCAACACUCCUCCUCACUCCACAUUGCUUCUCUUGCUACCAAGAGGAAUGGGGGUUUCCUUGACCAUGAACUUUUCUCUUUGGUGUCAAAAUUUAUCUCUACCUCUGUGACUUUCUACAGUCAGGACUGUCCCUAUCCCUCAACUUCUUAAAUUGGUCUUCUUUUUACUGGCCUUAAAAGUGUUUUUACAUGUGCUUACUCUAAAUGAGAUUUCAGGCAAAAAUUUUCCAUAGACCAUUGCUUUCUCCUUCAUGAGGCUGAGGGAUAAGAAAGGGCGCCCAUUCCCUGUGUAGAGAGCAAUUGUAUACAGUGACCAGGAAGGACACCUUAUGGAGAUAAGCUGGACAAAGACAGAUAAUUUAAUCAAAGGUGCAGUUUUCAGGAGCUUGGGAAGUCCUCAAAGCCAAGACAGACUGCCCAACAUUCAAUGGAGGAAGGGGGAAAAAAGGAAACACACACAAACACAAGCACACAUACACGCACACACACAUACACGAGCAUGCACACGUGCGCGCGCACACACACUCACACACAGAGAGAGAGAGAGAGAGAGAGAGAGAGAGAGAGAGAGAGAGUAAAAAGUGGAAAGACAGAAUGAGGAGCCUUGGCGCUAAAAAUGGAGCAAGAACCGGAGGGAGAUGGGAAGGGGAGCUUGGCAGAAAAUAAGGGUCUUGGGUAGGUGCAGUAGUCACGGAAGGCCCAGCAGACCCUGGUUUCUUGGCUGCCUCCCCCUCUUCCCCGCUGAAGCGGUGGGGGGAGCUCUCCCGAGCAGUGCGGAGGCCGCUAGGCCCCGCCCGCCGCCGCCGCAGCCGCAGCCGCCGGAGGAUUCCUGUCCUAAUAUGGAGCUGGGAUUCCCCCAGCCCCGCCCCCGCCCCCAGCCCGCCGGAGAGACUGGGGCUUGCAAGAGGGCGGGGGAACAGCUCGCCUUGGGGGCUGGCACGCUGGAGAGGGUGCGGGGAGGCCCAAAUGCAGACCCAGAUCCUCACCAGGCCCUGGGUCCUUGUCUCAGUUUCCCCCACAGAUGGCUAAGGUUAACUGAUAAAGGAAUGAGGAAUCACUGCAGAUCGCAGUGAUCUUCCUGUGCUGCCCGGGUUAUAUGGUCAAGGCCGAAUUCAGCUGGUCUCUUCCCCCCAGGACCACCAUUCCACUCUAUCCUAAAGAUUUAGACCCUCAGGCCAGGGCUUGGUGGGGAGGAGGGGAUUAUUUAUUUGAAAGUGCUAAGGGAUUUUCAGAUUGAAUAGACCCUAGAAAAGACCCCCAGAUGUGACCUAACCCCUUCCCCAAAGCCAAGGAAAGUUUCUCAUGUGACUUUGACCUUUGCCUGGCAAAUAGGGGCAAAUUCGCAGAAGAUCUUUCCCCUCCCUAUCCUUUGCCUCCUUAGAAAACUCAGUGUUGGUAUCAGCCCGUCCUUGGCCUUCUACAAACUCUCUUGUCAAGGUCUUCAGACCACCCUAACCCGUGCACUAUCCCUCCUUCCAAUAGAAUACAAUAGGAAUUCUGGGUCCCUGCACUCCCUGCCUGGCUCAGCACAGAUCUCGCCAGCCGGCCCCCUCCGCAGCCUUCUUCUCCCCCCUCUCCUCCGCCCCCUCCCUCUCCUGUUCGACGUCACAAGAUGACGUAGGAAGCCAGGGAGGGAGGAGGAGCGCCCCCCCUCCCCAGCCAGUGGCUCCCGCUGCAGCUUGCUUUAGCCCAGCCUCCCGCCUCCCGCUCCCCCCCCCGUCUCUAAAACGAGCCCCCCACGCCUGCCAGGAGCUAUAUAAGGCGGAUCGAGGCAGGCGAGGGGGGCAGCGCUGCCGAGCGGAGCCCAGGAGUGGAGCGGGAGCGAGCGAGAGCCUGAGCGAAAGACCGGGAAGCAAGGAAGAAGCCUCCGGUGCAUCGGGACAGGAUCGCAGGUGUUCGGGAGCCGGAGCCGGAGCUCCACAGCCGGCAGUCAUGUACCGAUCCACCAAGGGCGCCUCCAAGGCGCGCCGAGACCAGAUCAACGCCGAGAUCCGGAACCUCAAGGAACUGUUGCCGUUGGCUGAAGCGGACAAGGUCCGGCUGUCCUACCUGCACAUUAUGAGUCUUGCCUGCAUCUACACUCGCAAGGGUGUCUUCUUUGCUGGAGGCACUCCUCUGGCUGGCCCCACAGGGCUUCUCUCAGCUCAAGAGCUUGAAGACAUCGUGGCAGCACUACCUGGAUUUCUGCUUGUGUUCACAGCUGAGGGGAAAUUGCUAUACCUAUCUGAAAGUGUGAGCGAGCAUCUGGGCCAUUCUAUGGUGGACCUGGUUGCCCAGGGUGACAGUAUCUACGACAUCAUUGACCCUGCUGACCAUCUCACUGUUCGCCAGCAGCUCACCAUGCCCUCUGCUCUGGAUGCUGAUCGUCUUUUCCGUUGCCGAUUCAACACCUCCAAGUCCCUCCGGCGCCAGAGUGCAGGCAACAAACUGGUGCUUAUUCGAGGUCGAUUCCACGCUCACCCACCUGGAGCCUACUGGGCAGGAAACCCCGUGUUCACAGCUUUCUGUGCCCCACUGGAGCCAAGACCCCGCCCUGGCCCUGGCCCUGGCCCUGGUCCUGCUUCACUCUUCCUGGCCAUGUUCCAGAGCCGGCAUGCUAAGGACCUAGCCCUACUGGACAUCUCUGAAAGUGUCCUAAUCUACCUGGGCUUUGAGCGCAGCGAACUGCUCUGUAAGUCAUGGUAUGGACUGCUACACCCUGAGGACCUGGCCCACGCUUCUUCUCAACACUACCGCCUGUUGGCUGAAAAUGGAGAUAUCCAGGCAGAAAUGGUAGUGAGACUUCAAGCCAAGCAUGGAGGCUGGGCAUGGAUUUACUGCAUGUUGUACUCAGAAGGUCCAGAAGGCCCUAUUACUGCCAAUAACUACCCUAUCAGUGACACGGAAGCCUGGAGCCUCCGCCAGCAGCUAAACUCUGAAGACACCCAGGCUGCAUAUGUCCUAGGAACCCCAGCUGUCCUACCCUCAUUCCCUGAGAAUGUCUUCUCCCAGGAGCAGUGUUCUAACCCACUCUUCAUGCCAGCUCUGGGACGCUCCAGAAGCACUACCUUCCCCAGGGCACCUGAGCUAGGUGUGAUCUCAACAGCAGAAGAGCUUCCCCAACCCUCCAAAGAGCUGGACUUCAGUUACCUGCCAUUCCCUCCGAGGCCUGAGCCUUCUCUCCAAGCAGAGCUAAGCAAAGAUUUGGUGUGUACUCCACCUUACACACCCCAUCAGCCAGGGGGCUGUGCUUUCCUCUUCAGUCUCCACGAACCAUUCCAGACUCACUUGCCCACUCCAUCCAGCUCUCUUCAAGAACAGCUGACGCCAAGCACCAUGACUUUCUCUGACCAGUUGACACCCAGCAGUGCAACCUUCCCAGACCCACUGACCACUUCACUACAAGGACAGUUGAGCGAAACCUCAGCCAGAAGCUAUGAAGACCAAUUGACUCCAUGCACUUCUACCUUCCCAGACCAGCUGCUUCCCAGCACUGCCACAUUCCCAGAACCUCUGGGGAGUCCCGCCCAUGAGCAGCUGACUCCUCCCAGCACCGCGUUCCAAGCACACCUGAACAGUCCCAGCCAAACCUUCCCAGAGCAACUGAGCCCCAAUCCUACCAAGACUUACUUCACCCAGGAGGGAUGCAGUUUUCUCUAUGAGAAGUUGCCCCCAAGUCCUAGCAGCCCUGGUAAUGGGGACUGCACACUCCUGGCCCUAGCUCAGCUCCGGGGCCCCCUCUCUGUGGAUGUUCCCCUGGUGCCUGAAGGCCUGCUCACACCUGAGGCCUCUCCAGUCAAGCAAAGUUUCUUUCAGUACUCUGAGAAAGAGCAAAAUGAGAUAGAUCGUCUCAUCCAGCAGAUCAGCCAAUUGGCUCAGGGCAUGGACAGACCCUUUUCAGCUGAGGCUAGCACCGGGGGGCUGGAGUCACUCGGAGGGCUGGAGCCCCUGAACCCCAACUUGUCCCUGUCAGGGGCUGGACCCCCUGUGCUUAGCCUGGAUCUGAAGCCCUGGAAAUGCCAGGAGCUGGACUUCCUGGUUGACCCUGACAAUUUAUUCCUGGAAGAGACGCCAGUGGAAGACAUCUUCAUGGAUCUCUCUACUCCAGACCCCAAUGGGGAAUGGGGCUCAGGGGAUCCUGAGACAGAGGUCCCAGGAGGGGCCCUGUCACCUUGCAACAACCUGUCCCCAGAAGAUCACAGCUUCCUGGAGGACUUGGCCACCUAUGAAACCGCCUUUGAGACAAGUGUCUCAACAUUCCCCUACGAAGGGUUUGCUGAUGAGUUGCAUCAACUCCAGAGCCAAGUUCAAGACAGCUUCCAUGAAGAUGGAAGUGGAGGGGAACCAACGUUUUGAAUAAGUCUGUGACUUAACGUCGUCAAGUAUGGCAUAUUGUCAUCAAGACGUGGAGCCGCUCUCCACCCCCCCGGACUGUUGGGGGGAUUCUGGGGGCCAGAGGGGGAUAUAUCUGA